UCACUUAACCUCACGCGUGCAAGUCCAAAUUGGUCCGACUGGAAACGAACAGGUAGCAGGUGAGUGGUGGAAACUGGUGAGAGCCGGCUGAGGCGAAACAAGGAAGAAGCUCUCUGUCUCCGUCUCCUGCCUGAGUGAACAAUAGAGACUUAAAAGAACAAAAUGGCAAAGAAAGCUACAAAGGCGAAAAAAUCUCGUUCAUCUUCAACUUCUGCUGCCUCUGCUAAUAACCCCUCAACACCCUCCAAUCGGAAAAUGGUGUUGAGGGUAAAAUCAAGUGAGAAAAUGAAGAGGUCAGCUCAACAGAGUGUUGUUAACGAGAGAGAAAAGAGACCCACGUCGAAGUCAAGGCCCAAAUCGAAGCAGAAGAAGAAAAACACACGAAUUGAUGCUAAAAUGCCCAAGAAACCCCCUACUGCUUUCUUUUACUUUUUGGAGGAUUUUCGUAAGGAAUUUCAAGAGCAGAAUCCAGAUAUUAAGUCAAUGCGCGAUAUUGGGAGAGCAUGUGGCGAGAAGUGGAAGACAAUGACAUAUGAGGAAAAGGUUAAAUAUUAUGAUAUCGCAACUGAGAAACGAGCAGAGUUUGAUAGAGCCAUGGCAGAAUAUAUUAAAAGAAAGGAAAAUGGUGAAGAUCAAGACACUGAAGAUGACUCAGAGUUUGGUGAAUAAACGUUAGGGUUGUUGUACUAAGAAAUUUCAUUGUUCAGUAGGAAUAGGUGUAUCGUUUAUGACUUACAAGAUGUAUAUUAAUAUGUUGAAUAUGUUCAUGUCUGUCAUUUUUCUGUAAAUCACUGCUUGGGGAACGAACGCCCUUAUGUUAUUGCAGCGCAGAUUUGACAGUUUAUGCAACUAUUCUUCAAGUAAA